GUGAAUGCUGCAGAAGAUUGUGUGGUUACUAAUUUGAUGUGUUUAGAAAUGUAAUUUAAUAACAGUUGAUGCUGACUGCACAGAACUGAAAGUUUUCUCUUGGUGCUUCUAAAGGCAGCUCUCGUCCUCCUCCUUGUUUGAAGAUGACAACCAAAAUUCUCAAUGUGACUGCAAUUCUGUCGCUGGGCCUCAUCUCUGGCUAUCUCGUGUCGUCAGAAACAGUACUACCAGAUAUAGACAAUCAGAGCUUCAUAAAUGAAUGCGUUCAAACUCACAAUUAUUACCGUUCAAGAGUAAAUCCACCAGCAAGCAAUAUGCGGUAUAUGACCUGGGAUCAUGCUUUGGCAAAAACAGCUAGAGCCUGGGCAAGGAAGUGCCAGUUUAAGCACAACAUUCAUCUGCAGACGCCUGGUAAAGUUCAUCCUGAAUUUUCACCUGUUGGAGAAAACCUGUGGGCUGGAGCACCAGUUCCCAGUUUUAAUGCAUCAAUGGCAGUAAAGAACUGGUAUGAUGAAGUGAAAGAUUAUGACUAUGCAAGCAGAGCUUGCUCUAAAGUCUGUGGCCACUACACACAGGUUGUAUGGGAUGAAAGCUAUAAAGUUGGUUGCGCAGUUCAAAAAUGUUCAUCAAUAUCAGGCACAAAUAUGAAAAAUGGAGCAAUUUUUGUGUGUAACUACGGGCCAGCUGGGAACUAUCCAAGACGUCCUUACUCUAAAGGCAGACCGUGCAGUGCAUGCAGUAAUGAGCUAUGCAGAAAUGGCUUAUGCAGUACCCCAGAAAGAGAGACACAGAAAAGCUACAGUGAAUGGAACCCAGAUUGGGACUCACGUUUGUCAUGUGAUAGUUACUGCAUCACUUCCUUAGUCAUACGAGUCAUAUUGUUCCUACUGACUUUUCUUGCUGUAUUUAUGUUACAGAACAAAUUUCCAAAUAUGUUUGUGUAUGAGCAAUAGUAAUGUUUCCUAAAUGCCUGUGAAUUAUUCUACUGUCAAACUCAAUGUAAUAAAUGUUAAAUUGUUACCAGUGGCUUACUGCAUGAUGAGUAAAAUGGCCAGUAUUAAAAGCAUGAUAACUGUUAUUCAAAUGUUUAAAAUAGACUAGUCUUAUCUGUUUCUUUUUAUGUUCUGUUGCUCCAGCAUAACUCAUUUUGUGCAGUGUCAG